UGGGCAGAGAAACAUUGCAGAAGCCCCUUCAAAUCAAAUCCCGUUCUCUCCUCUAAGACGUCAUUUUUUUGAUUCAAUUCAAAUUUUAGAUGGAGUUUCCUAUGACCAACAGCUUUUCUGUCAAUAAGCCUGCUUUAUUCUUCAAACCCUCCAAUCUCUCUCUACUCAAUCAACACUCUCUGCUUUCGUUAUCGCUAUUGCCUUCGCAUUUUCUUCAAACCCAUAUGAAAAAACCAAUUAUUUGUUCAAGAAACAACAGAAGGGGAUCUGAUUCUCAAAGAUCUAGAAAACUCGUGCUCAACGCUGUCCAUUUCAUCGCGUCAAAGCUCAACGUCUUACCAGAGCCGUUGGAUAUGAUGAUAAGAGAAUUUGGAGGUGGAAAUGGAGGGGGAUUCGGGUUUCGGAAGAGUUUUGGGUGGUCAGGCUUUGAUGGGUGGGGCAGGAAAAAGAAGAAAAGAUUAGAGUUCAUGGAAUUUGUCCUGUUGUGUGGUUUGGGAUUGUGGUUGAUAUUGGGGAAAGAAAUAGACGGUACUGUAUUUCUGGGGGUUCUGAGUUUAAUUUUAUUUGGGGUUUCACUUAAUGGUUCAAAGGGUGCAGUAAAUCAUUGGACUUCAGGAUUCUUUUGUUGUGCUAUUUGUGUUGGUUUGGGGUUGAAGGGACCGGAUUUGAAGACAUGGGUGAAAGCUUUUAGGCAUAGGGAAAUUGCAAGAAGAGGCAUAAGAAGAAGAAGAGCAAUGUAAGAGAAGAGCUACACUCGAGAAGAGGCAUAAGAAGAAAAAGAAGAACAAUGUAAGAGAAGAGCCACACCGAGCAAAGGUUUACAUACAUUUUUCUUGUACUAUGGUAGCAGUUCAUUUCUUUCGCAAUUUUGCAUUUUUCGCAAAAAUUUACAUACAUCUUUCGCAGUUUUGUAAUCAACUUUUUAAUCUGAUUCAAUUUUCAAAAACCUGG